AUGAAGAGAGAAAUUGUGUACAUAACAACCCAGGAGCUAAAUCUUAAGAAAUAUCACAAGACCAAGAUGACAGGGUAUAAAGGGAGGUGUGUCAUAAAAGAUUAUGCUGUAGGUUCCAGUUCCCAGUGCCUCACACCCUCCCCGCCUCCUGCACCUGCCAAACUUGCUGUGACCCAGUCCGAUGCUGCAGCUGCCCCCCACCAGCCUCUCACCCCAAAGUGCCCAGCUCCCCCCGCCCCUUCCCACCUCCGCUCCACCCCCCGCACCAUAAGCAGCCUGAAGCCAGACGGUGAGCACAGCAGCGGCACGGGCUCAGGCUCCAGCGGCACCCUGGAGGAGGAGGAGGUCCGGACACUGUUCGUCAGUGGGCUCCCUGUGCAUAUUAAGCCCAGAGAACUCUACCUGUUCUUCAGGACAUAAGGGUAUGAAGGGUCCCUGAUCAAGCUCACAUUGAGACAGCCUGUUGGUUUUGUGAUCUUUGACAGCCAGGCAGGAACAGAAGCGGCCAAGAAUGCAUUGAACGCUAUUCGCUUUGAUCCUGAGAACCCGCAGACCCUGAGGCGAGAGUUUGCCAAAGCCAACACCAAGAUGGCCAAGAACAAGCUAAUGGCUACACCAAAUCCCACCAAUGCUCACCCCGCCCUCGGAGCACACUUCAUUGCACGAUACCCCUAUGACCUGAUGGGGGCCACUCUGAUCCCCACAUCCCUAGAGGCCUGGGCCCCCUACCCUCUGUACACCAUAGAGCUGACCCCAGCCAUCUCACAUGCUUCGUUUACCUACCCAGCCACCACUAUCCUUGCUGGGUAG